AUGAGAAUCAGCACCUCCAAAACUGGGGCCAUAGUCCUCAACCGGAAAAGUUGGACCCAUAGAGAUUCCCUUAGAGAUAGGUUGGACCCAUAUAUGGGCGAGAACUUUGUCAAACAGGCCUUUAUUGCUAUGGGAGAAUCACCGUUAGGAGUCAAGAUCAUCACUCACAGGAUAACAGGUUGUUCUGCAGGAUACUGUUUUGUGGAGCUGGCAGAUGAAGCAAGUGUCGACCGCUGUGUACAAAGACUCAACGGGAAGUUGGUUCCAGGAUUAAACCCGCCCCGGAAGUUUAAGCUAAAUUUUGCCACCUUUGAUGGGAAACGACCAGAGGGUACGGUGCUGGGAGGAAAACCACUCAGGCUCAGUUUCGCUGUAGCAAAAAGCCAGAAAACCCCCAGCUACCCAGGGGUCCAGGGCCAGAGUUACCAUAACAACUACAAUCAGACACCGUCCAAUUAUUACGGCAGUCAGGGGGGUUAUUACUCUCAGUGGGGCGGCUAUGACCAGUACAGUGGCUACAACAGCGGCGCCUAUGGGAGUGGAUACAACAGUGGCUACAACAGCUACAACAGUGGCUACGGCUAUAAUUAUGGGCCCUAUGGAUACCCCCCAUCAGGCCACAUGGUGCCACCGCCUCCCAUGGGGAUGCCACCGAUGACCGCCAACAUGACAGGAGCUGUAGCGACCCAAGAGCAGACUGAAGAUGACGAGGACGAUGACGAAGAAGAACCCAUCCCUGAAUGUGACGUGGAGCUGUGGAACAAAGAAUUUAUGCAGCGAAGUGAAGAGCUUUACGAUGCAAUGACUAACUCCCACUGGGAGCCGCUGGACUCUGUCGACUCCCCCAUCCCCACUUCCUCUUGAUGUUUUUCUCCACUUUCCCCCAACCACCAUGCUUUUUAAAAAUAAAUAAAUAAAUAAAUUUAAAACAAAGUUUUUAUACUUCCAAAAUAUACCACCAUAUUG